CCUCAGUAUCGACAUGAUAGAUAUUGGCAUCGACCCGCCUACCGCGGACUCUGGAGUCGGCUCUUCACUGCACGCACGCAGGCGUCGCACCGUUUCUAUUCAUGCACUGACACCGCCUUCCGGUUCCUUGGCUUUACCAGCCUUUCCGGUAAGUUCUGUUUCGGGGAGUUGAAGCUGCAGUCGAGGGAGAGAGACACCGGCAGGAACAAGCAUGGCCACCGACCGGGACCCUUCUUUCACCGUCAAGCUCGCCCAGCUGCUGCUGCUGUCUACAUACUGGGGCAUGCAGAUCUGGGUCACCUUUAUUUCAAGCUUCGUGAUGGACAACCACCUGAACAGGCACACUUACGGCUUCAUCCAGAGCCGCCUGGUUCCUUUCUACCUGCACUUGGGCUCCGGCUGCGCCUUCUUCAACCUCGCCAUCUACGCCGUCUACCAUCCCAGCGACAUGCUGGACGACAGGGAGGCCUUCCAGAUCUUCAUCUUCUUCCUGUCGGUCACCAUCGCGGCGGUCAACGCCCAGUGGUUCGGCCAGAUGACGUCGGAGAUCAUGGCCGACAUGCACCUGGUGGAGCAGGCGUGCGGCCUGGGCCAGGACAUCGGCCUGUCGUCCAACCGCGAGGCGUACGCCAAGCUGAGCGAGACGGACGCCAAGUACCGCCACCUGAGCGGGCGCCUGUGGCUCUACCGGCUGCUGUCGUCGCUCUGCAACGUGUGCUGCGUCGCCUGCAACUUCUACAGCCUCAGCUACAUGGCGGAGAACCUCAGGGCGCUGUGACGCAGACUCUUUCUUUUUUUUUUUAUCAGGAGUAAGUUAUCUAUUUAAUACAUCUUUCUUCCUCUGUGCCUCACAAUCCAUGAGCUGGAUUUCACCCCUUUGCCAAAAUCCACUCGACAGGCUUGCUCAGGCCUGUUACGCCUGUUUGGGUACAAGCCCCGCCCACAUGGCAGGUUGCUUAUUUCCCUCGGGCUAACUCGCUGCACCUGUCACUAAGGUAAUGCUUGGUUUUUCCUCUGUAAUCCGUUCCAAAAACUCAGGUGAGCUAUUUUUCCCUUAGGAAAAAAAAAAGACUAUAAAUACAAGACAGAAGUUAUAACGUCCUGCUGAUAACAUUAAAAAUAAAUAGCUCUGAUAAUAGCUUUUUUUUAAUAAUGAGGUUAGAGUACUCGCACUCGGUGGGUCAGGGUGAACAAAUCAAGCGCUCCUUCUCAUCUGUAAACAAACACUGUGGGAUUUGAAAUGGUCUGCAAAUGUUAAAGUUAAAGUACCAAUGAUUGUCACACACACACUAGGUGUGGUGAAAUUUGUCCUCUGCAUUUGACCCAUCCCCUUGGGAGGUGAGGGGAGCAGUGAGCAGCAGCGGUGGCCACGCCCGAGAAUCAUUUUUGGUUAUUUAACCCCCAAUUCCAACCCUUGAUGCCGAGCGCCAAGCAGGGAGGUAAUGGCUCCCAUUUUUAUAGUCUUUAUGUCCUGCGGAGAGGGGAAAAAAAAUGCUCACGCAUCAACACAUCGAACCUUAUCAGCCACCUGAAAUGCCAGCAUGGCUCCCACAGUGUUGUGAAAGCCUAAGAAGACGCCAAACAGAAGCUAACUACAGUUAAAGCGGCAUUAAAAACAUAUAAAUACAAUUAAGUUAUCGGUCUGAGAAGUUAUCUGUAUCGCCUCGGUUCGUUUGAUACCCGUCCAAAAAAAUAUAUAUAUUAGCAGCCAAAGCCAAAGAAGCCUGUUUUAAAAUUGUUGUAUUAUCGCUUGAAAGCCAAAGAAUAUAUUGUGAUGUAUAGAUGAUCACAAACGGCGGUGUUGCAUAUUGCAAUGUGGAUUUUAUCCCACGUCGCAUGUUUCCAAGUGCACCUUUUUUUUAUGAAAGCGCUAACACUCGCAACUUUGUUUGGCCCCAUUAGUGACUUGAGUCACCGGGUGCCUUGUAAAAAUGUUUAACCAAGACGACAUAUGAAAACCAGAGGAAAAUGUCGCUAAAUACGAAUCAUACAAAAAUAUGAUAAUAUAAUAAAUGAAUGACUUUUGCAAUUGUGGCAUUACUCCUCUGCAACCAGCAGGGGCGCUGCGGUCAAACACGGGAAGGCGAGCUCCGAUCUAUACACGGCUCAUCCAGGUAACAUCGUCUUCAUUUGAAGCGUUUCAAACACGUUUUGUCAAAUGGCGUACGACCGCAACAUGUCUGAUGGUGCGGAGCUGCCAUGUUUUGGUGCUAACUUUGUGGGCAGGGUGAGGUUGCACAUGAAGCACGGCCAGGAAUUUUAGUGUUUUUUUCUCUUGACGUCAUGUAAAGCACUCGCCAUGACACUUUUUAACUGGAGUCCUUUUUAUGCAAGUAUUAUUAUAGCUACAUUAUUUGCAAAUGUGUAUCUCAACCGGAGUG